AUGUUACGAAAUUUUCCACCACUUGUUCUACCUGACAGUGUUCUUGCACUUGAAGGAGAAAAGUUUUUCGACCUAGUUAAUCAAACAUGUGGAGAAGUUGUCAAAGAAUUGAUGGAAGUACUUUCGAUCAAUACUGUGUAUAAAUUACUUUUGGUUGAAAACGAUAUUCUUUCUAUAUUUGAAAAGAAAUAUAAAGAAUUAGAAAACAUAACACAGAAAGCUUGUCUUCAUCUUAAUGAUGGCACUAUUAUGCUUAAACCGGGGCUACGCUUGGACUUUGAUCGUUUUAUGCAAGCACUUCAUGCCGUAAACAAUCAGAGUCAGGAACAAGCUGCUAGUUUGAGUGAUGUUUUCUUUUCUUCAUUUCAAAAACUAAUAGAAUCUUUUCAAUUAAAUGAAAAUGAUGAUUCAAAAAAUACUUAUUCUUUUCUCAUAAAUUUUAUUGAAAAUAUUUUCAAGAAUCUUACGAGAAACAAAAAUAACUAUCGAUAUAGUGAAGCAGUGCAACAUUUUGCCCAGUCAUUAUAUAUCUUAGGCGGACGAAAUGUUUAUGAAUUCGUUCGAAUAAAUCUGCCCGGUGCUAUCCCCGCUAUACCUACUCUGGAAGAUAGUCUUGGGAAGGCUGGUGCACAGAUUGAAGAAGGCGUAUUUCGAUACGAUAUGCUUAGUGAUCAUCAAAAGUCAGUUGGCUAUCCAAUAGCUAUUUGUUCCGAAGAUUGUACUAGAGUUAUUAAAAAAGUCACGUAUAAUGCUGCUACAAAUACAUUCACUGGGUUCUCGAUUCCACUAGUAAAUGGUAUUCCUGUUACUCAAUCUUUUCAAACGAAUUCAUUUGAUGAAUUAAAAGCUUGGUUUGAAAAUAAAGAUAGAACGGAAUACCUUAAUAUCCAUAUGAUUCAGCCGCUUGUAGCGUAUAACCCAUAUUCGUCACCAUUCCUUUUGGCGGCAUAUGGCAUUAAUAAUAAUUUUAAAGCUACUGAUGUUCUUAAUCGAUGGAUUUGGACAUUUGAGAAAUCUCAACAGUCGAAUGUUAGAAUUAUUGGAUUUGCAACUGAUUGUGAUCCUAGAUAUCUACUUGCGAUGCGUCUUGCUACAGGUUUCUUUGCAAAAUUUGUCAAUAUUCCGAUAUGCAAUAGAAACGAUGUACUAGAAAUCGAUUUGCCGAAAAAUUGGUCGUCUUGGUUUUUCAUGCAAACUCGACAGCUUUUUCUUUGUUUUCAGGAUCCAACGCACUUGUGUACUAAACUUCGAAAUCGAAUGCUCUCAAAAAAAGCAAAAAUGCUAAUUGGAAAUGAACAAGUUUCUAUUGAAGUGUUGAUUGAAUUACUUGAAACUAAAUCAAAGUUUGUACAUGGUCUUGUUAAGACAGAUGUAGAACCGAAAGAUCGACAAAAUUUCACUUCGUGCCUGAAACUUUCAAGUGACGAUGUACUCAGUGCUCUAGAAGAUAUCAAUAAUUCUCGAGCUACUCGAGUUUAUUUACAGCUUUUACGUUCUGUCGUGAUCGCAUAUAUAGAGCAUGAUACAUCAAUCGUUGAUCGUAUUUAUCAUGGUUGGUUUGCAGUAUUUCUCUGUCGUAUCUGGCAGAUUUGGUUGCAAUUGAUCGAUGAGAAAUACAUUGUAGGAUAUAGUGUUGAUAAUAAAAAAGACCUAUUCAUAACCAGUCCAGCUCAUUUCUCAAUCGAACUCAAUGCACAUAGUUUACUUGCAGCUUUUCUUCUUGUGUCUCAACAAAAAUUACCUGAUUCGGCUCUAUCAAUAUCAAAUUACAGUUCACAACCAUGCGAAGCUACUUUCAGACUCACCAGAUCUAUUUCAGGUGUUUUCUCGUCAGUAGUUAAUUUUACAACUGACCAGUUUCUUAAAAGAGCUGGCAAGCUUUCUGUUCUAACAGAUAUAGAGAACAAAAGUGAAUCUGGACUAUUGGAAUGUCCACUACAAUUUCCGAAGCAUCAUAAAAGAGGAAGAAAAGCCAGUGCCAAAAAAAACUCAGCUCCUAGUAAGGCUGUAAAUCUUCCAUCAUAUGAUACUAUUGAGAAUACUAUUCAUAAAGCUUUCAAUGAUGCAUAUGACACUCUUUCUGAACUUGAAAUGAAUAUUGCUUUACAGGGAAAGAAAAAGGCGACGAUAUCUCAAGUGAGCUCGUUUGCACGAAGUCAAUUCGAAAAGAAAUCUAAAAUAGUUUCGUAUGAUGAAUAUGAAACUUAUUCAUCUGAUGAUGAGCCCAAUGAUGAUCCUGAUAUUGACGCCAACUUAUUAUUGAAAGACGAGGAGAAUUCAUCUGAAGAUGAAGAUAAUUUAUCUUCUAUUUCAGCAAGUGGCAGAAGUCAGUUUCAUGGAAUGCGAGUCACAGAUACGGUUUCACCUUCAUUAUCAAGCUCUUACUUUUGUGUUGAAAUUGAUGGAAAAAAGAAAUAUAUGCAUAAGCAGACAGCCUGCUGGCUUCUGACAGAUGAUAAAGCUGUUUUAUCAUCAGACCGAUUAAAACGUGUUCAACAAUCGAAUCGAUAA